GUUAUAUUUUACUCGCAUAAUUACAACAUAUCAGAAGCACGCUUGAAAUAACAACCAAUUGAGAUGUAGAAUUCAAGUCUGGAUGCGACGGCGUCCUGCAAGCAAUUCGAAGUCCAAAUUUACAUACUUAAGUACCUACUUACCUAAGUAUUUUAGCGCUAACUCGCUACCUACAUAUGUGUCCAGUUCAAAAUCAGACAGUAUAAAUGCAUAUACCGAUUUAUCAAACACAUUUAUGUAAUAGCCCAGAUAGCGAUAACGACUGGAGGGAGGAAUGGCAGCUUACCUAGCACCCAGACUUUGGGAACCUGUAACUUGGUCUCAAGUCCAGCUAUUGGCUUCCAAUUACUGUCCUACCACUCCCAGUACUAGAAUGCCAAAGCGGCAAUGUUAGCCCUUAGACUUAGCCUGCUCGUAGGCUGUUUCCUAGGUUCAUCAAGCGCCGAAGUGAUACCUGGCAGAGCGUUUGAUCGAUUUAUAAGUAUAUGGCUUGAGAACCAGGACCUAGAUAAAGUUGUCGCAGAUGAUGCAUUUGCAGACUUGAAGAGAUUCGGCAUUCUUCAAACACGUUAUUAUGCGCAUACGCAUCCCAGCCAGCCCAAUUACCUUGCUGCCAUCGGUGGAGAUUAUUGGGGUUUAGAUCACGAUGAAGUUGUUCGAAUCCCCAGUAAUGUCUCUACAAUCGUUGAUCUACUCGAACCGAGCAAGAUAUCGUGGAGAGGCUAUUUUGAAGGUAUUCCUGGCCCAGGCUAUAUGGGGGAGGCCAGCGUAGGACUGCCAGAUAACCAGUCGCCUAACGGCACUUGGGAUUACGUACGGAAGCAUAAUCCCUUUGUCUCGUACGAUUCGGUCAACAAUGAUGGGAGUCGACUACUCAACGUGCUCUCGUUUGACGACUUCCAAGACGACUUUGCUGCCGGGAUCGUGCCGCAAUUCGUUAUGAUGUCUCCGAACAUGCUUAAUGAUGGACACAAUACAUCGUUAGAUUAUGCGACGCACUGGGCUCGAGAGUUCUUGAAGCCUCUCCUAACCGAUGGCGCCUUUUCAGAGAAGACGCUUAUACAGUUGACAUAUGAUGAGACGGAGGAUUACACUCAGCCAAACCGUAUUGCGUCACUGUUAUUGGGCAACGCUGUACCUAAGGCCCUCUGGGGAUCUACUGACGACACAUUUUAUACCCAUUUCUCUAUCUUAUCUACGAUGGAGAAUAACUGGGGGCUGCCGAAUCUUGGCCGAUUUGAUGUGGGAGCUAAUGUUUUCAAACUCGUUGCGGAUGUGACAAAAUACACUAAUUCCGACCCUCCAAAUAUUUCUAGAGUGAACAACUCAGUAUCAUACCCUGGUCCCCUAAACAGGAAUCACUCCAUGAAGUUGACAGCAUUCCCUCCUCCAAACCUGAAGCUUGAAGGUGCCGGUGGGCGUCCCAUUCUGAAAGAGAUUGCGCAGACCUGGAAGUCUGUAUCGAAGUCGGAAACUCCCUACGAUGGCAGUGGUGCCGUGUAUGAUGGUGAUAACUUGCCCAUAUAUAGAGCUCAGGGGUAGAUUCUUCCUAAACUUAGCAAUCAAAGUGUACAGUAGAUCUGUAUUCUAGAGCCGCCAAGGCUACUUACUAGUAUAACUCUGAAUUCGUGAUAGCUGCAUAUUCCCCACUUACAGAAACAGGCGCUUCACUUACUUGGUAAGGUAUCAGUUACACGAUUUCAAUGACAUCGUUUACAUA